AUGGCCCCCGGCGCUGUCGUCGACGACUUCUCCAGCCACGAUGGCCAGGCCCUCGAGGCUCUCUCCGACAAGAUCGACGAUGUCAACGUGAUCAAGUACGAUGAGUCCUCCAAGUUCGAUAAGGAGAAGGACAAGAACACCUUCCGCCAAUAUGCCGACGCUACCGACCGCGUCAAGAACUUCUACCGUGAGCAACAUCACAAGCAGACCGUCGCUUACAACCUUGCUGCCCGCAACCGCUUUUACAACGCCUCUCGUCCUCGCGCUGAGAUGACCAUCUGGGAGGCCAUGGAGAAGCUUAACACUCUUGUCGACGAGUCCGACCCCGAUACUUCUCUCUCUCAGAUCCAGCAUCUUCUCCAGUCUGCUGAGGCUAUUCGCCGUGACGGCAAGCCUCGAUGGAUGCAGCUCACUGGUCUCAUCCACGAUCUUGGAAAGCUGAUGCUCUUCUUUCCCGAGCUUGAGACUCAGGGUCAGUGGGACGUUGUUGGUGACACAUUCCCCGUCGGCUGUGCCUUCUCAGACAAGAUCAUUUAUCCUGACACCUUCGCCGAGGGAAACCCUGAUGCUACCAACCCUGACUUCAACACCAAGUUCGGCAUCUACUCUCCCAACUGUGGUCUCGACAACAUCAUGCUCUCUUGGGGCCACGACGAAUAUCUCUACCAUGUCGUCAAGGAUCAGUCCACUCUUCCCGACGAGGCUCUUGCCAUGAUCCGCUACCACUCCUUCUACCCCUGGCACCGAGAGGGUGCUUACCAGCACCUCAUGUGCGACAAGGAUUGGGAGAUGCUCAAGGCUGUCAAUGCCUUCAACCCAUAUGACUUGUACUCCAAGAGCGACGGUGUCCCUGAUGCCGAGAAGCUUAAGCCUUACUAUAUGGAGCUUAUUGCUGAGUACUUCCCCGACCCUGUCAUCAAGUGGUAA